UCCGCUCAAGUUUUAACAAAGCAGCUAGAUACAAUUUUCUGAUCUGAGCAGGGUGGUCCGCUGAGGAAAACGAUGAAUAUCAGAAACAUCUUUUGCGGAUGCCCUUCUCUUCCUGGGACUGCUGUAGCAAUAACUGGUGAAUCUGAGCUCGUACCUUGCUCAAACACGGAGGAAAUCGUGGGUCAACAGCUCGUAACCUCAUGGAAAUACAUAUGGAAAAUCACCAACUUCAAUAGCUUAAGUUCAGUCAAGUACUACUCUCGAGUAUUCAUGGUUUGCGGCCACGACUGGCGCCUGUUGAUUUACCCAAAAGGCAAUCACUCCAACUCUUUGGCACUAUAUCUGAGUGUUGCGGAUCCUGCAAGACUUCCGGACGGAUGGUCGAGAUUUGCACGCUUCAAAUUGACUUUGGUUAAUCAGAUAUAUUCCGGCGCUUCAAGGAAGAAGGAGACAGAGCACAUUUUCACUGGUAGAGAGAGCGAUUGGGGUUUCCCAUCCCUUGUUCCAUUGAGAGAGCUUCGUUGCUGGCGUAAUGGGUAUCUAGUAAACAAUACUUUGAUUGUGCUAGCCCAGAUUUUUGUCCCUGCGCCGCCAGCCAGUGUUCCUGCGAGUCCUCCUCUGGCAGAGCCUGAACCUCCUCCUCCUGCAGAUAAUCGACCUCCAGUAUUAACACCGACAGAUAUGACCACUCCCAUGGCUAUGGUUACGCCGACAGAUGCAAGUACUCUGCCUCCCGUGCUUACAUUGACAGAUACAUUUGACUCGUACUUCAAAAGUCUCGAGAAACUCAUCAACGAUGCCGAGGAUUGUCCUGCCAAAGUAACGCAGAGCCCCAGUCAUCGAAGGAGUGAUCUCUUGACUUCUGAAGCUCCAAGCUUAGAAGAAGUUGAGAAUGCCAAGCGAUCUCUGAAAGAGUGCCUUUCAGAUAUCUUCAAGUUAAAUUUGAAGGACAGAUUGGAUGAAGCAGUGUCCACCUUGAGCCUAGCUCAAGGUGGGCUCUCGGCAGACCAGCAAAAGUCGAUCAAAGCAUUUCAGGCCAACUUCGAUGAAUUCACCUCUGAUUUCCUGAUCUUUGAGCAGGACAACGCCGAAUUCGAGCUGCAAAAAUUGAUAAAGGACCGAAUGUUUUCCACAAUGAAGAAGAAUCACGAUACACAUGUUUCGUUUAAGCAAUUGAUGAGCGACCUCGCCAAGGAAGAGGAAGAGCUUGAGGCAAAAAAGGAAGGGGAGAAAGAGUUUAAGGCGAAACUGGAGGGAGUCAAGAGUAGAAAAGAGAAGCUCAUCUCAGAAUGGGAGAUUUUGAUGGUUGAAUCCGAAGAGGCAAAGUCAAGGUACAAGGCUCAAAAGAAGAACGUAGAAGAGGCAGAGGAAAAGAAAAGAAUAGCUGAGGAAAGAUUGUCUAGAUCAACAACUGCUUGGUCCAACUUGAAGGCUCUAUUUUGUUGAGCCUGUGACUUGCGCGUAUGUAGAAAGACUGCUGCUCAAAAUUGCUUUGGCAGUCUCAGCAAAUUGGAAAUUGAUUUACAAAAUUGGACCUAAA